UCAUUAGAUUAUGUCAUUACAUUUUUGCCCUCACCAGUAACUUGAAUGACCUUCUUGUUUCUAUCGUCCUCGACCUUGUUUGUGACUCUGACUCUCUCUCUCUAACAUCUGAACCUACGCCGCCAUUGACGACCGACCUACUGAGGUCUGGCCCUGAGCAAUAGGGUCCCUUGUUCUUCUGGAUUUUCCGAUCCGAGAGAAUGUUGCUUUAUUAGAGAAGGGAAGAAAAGAAAAUUUAUCUGAGACAAGAGGAUGAGGUCUUCUUCAGAAGGAAUCAACAUCGCCGCAAGGACUCAGAAGCUCGAUGUGGACAAUCGGAUCUCGCUCCGAUUCUACUACCGGAUCGCUGAUAACGUCCUCAGACAGGCUGACAUCUUUCGAAGAGAGAAGAAUAUUAUAGAUUUAUACGUCAUGCUCAUGAGGUUUUCAAGUUUGGUUUCUGAGACGAUACCAUGCCAUCGAGACUAUAAAGCAUCUCGACAAAGCAAUACAAAUUUUCUCAUGAAGAAAUUAUUGGAUGCCCUGAAUGAGCUGGAAGAGUUGAAGCCAGCAGUGCAACAGAAGCUUGAUGAAUUAAACAGAAAACAUGUGUACCAAGUAAAUGGGUGGGGUCAUAUUCAUCAGAACAGUUCGUUUGAUUCCUCGCUGGAGUUGUAUCCUAUAAAAAAGCAAACUGCGACUAGUCAUAAUAUAACAAAGACACCACAACCUGCGGCUCAGAAAUUUGUACAUCAGGGUUUGAAGACCCAACAGUUCUUAUAUGCCAAGCCAGUAGAAGAACAAUUCCGCAGAUUAUCACUAAGCAUCCCCCUUCCAAAGGAGGAAACUCUUUCUAGACAUUCUAUUUUGGGUCCGAAUGGGCUUCGAGGACAGUGGCAACCUCCUAGUAGUGAUAAAGGGGUCCAAUAUCCAAGCAAUCUAGACUUGACUCCGGUUGUAAUUCCAAGUCUGCAGCAGCCAGUAGAAAAUGGAGUUCUGAUCAGAAAAGACUCUAGCAACUCAGAACAUGAAAGAUCAAGUUUGGAAUCAAUUCUUCCAGUAAAUGAUGAAAAUCAGACGUGUCAUGUUGAAGAAGAUCUCUCCUUGAUUUCCUUUGAAACAAUAGAGACCCCUACUCAAAUAGACAUUAUCAGACAGCCUUCUCCCCCACCUGUUCUAGCAGAUGUACAAGACUUGAUUCCUGCAUCAUCCCUAGUUACUGAUGCAGCAAAUGUAAUGGAGAAUCCCUCACCUGAUGGCUUAGUUUGUUCUGAACCUCCUCUGCAAUUACACAUUUCAACAAAAUUGAUGGAUAGCUUCAUGAAGAUGGCUAGGUCAAAUACCGAUAAGAAUUUAGAAACUUGUGGUGUUCUUGCAGGUUCACUUAAAAACCGAAAAUUUUAUGUUACAACUCUCAUCAUUCCGAAGCAAGAAUCGACAUCAGAUUCUUGUCAGACAACAAACGAAGAGGAAAUAUUUGAAGUGCAGGAUAAGCAAUCUCUUUUUCCCCUUGGCUGGAUUCAUACUCAUCCUACGCAAUCCUGUUUCAUGUCAUCAAUUGAUGUUCACACACAUUACUCAUAUCAGAUUAUGUUGCCAGAAUCUAUCGCAAUUGUUAUGGCACCAAGAGAUAGUUCGAGUUCUUCUCGCAACUGCAGAACCCAUGGCAUUUUCCGGUUAACUAAUCCUGGUGGCAUGACAGUCAUAAGACAAUGUCCGCGGCGUGGCUUUCAUCCACACGAUCCACCUGCCGAUGGUGGCCCAAUUUACAAACAAUGUUCAGAUGUUUAUAUGAAUCCCGACCUAAAGUUCGACGUUGUAGAUCUACGGUGAUUGCAAUAACGACAAAUGGAUUGGUACUGAUUUACAAUAACAUUCGAAAGAAUUGAUAGACCCUGUGUGCUUUAUCAUUCAUCAGUGUGAGUCUGAUAAAUUUUAAAAUUAACAUUUUUUGUACAAAUUGUGAAAUUCUGAGACUUAAUUUUUUAGGAAUUACCUUGUAAUUAAUUACUACUCUUGGCCCCAAAAUUGUAAAGGAAGAAUUGGAUGUUUCAAGAGUUGAUCAAAUGAACUUGUGGGUUUAUGCCCUUGUAUUGAUCAUUCAAUCUUCUAGUAAAGAUUGGACAGGUUGUAUUGUUCAAGUUAAUCCAUUCUUAUGGAAGUAAUGAACUUUAGUAAGAUUGGACAGGUUGUGUUGUACAAGUUAAUCCAUUCUUAUGGAAGUAAUGUUAAAGUUCAUUUGAGAAUUAUUA